UUUUAGCAUUACUUAGUUUGAUAAUACUUUUUAAGAGGUGUUUUUGUAUUUCGAUUGAAAAGAAAUUUCAGGGAAGAAUUGACGGUCAACUUGGCGAUGAGAGCAUUGAGAAGGGUCCUUUUUGCGACUACCUCGUGGGAGUAGGGAUAGACCACUGAUGAUUGAUGCCUUGAUGUCGAUGGAAAAAUCAUCCAUUGCAUACGGGGAAGUUGCCAUGAAGCUUCCUCAACCUUCUUUUCCAUGCUACUUUAUUGAAUGUUAUCCAUGUUUUAACGCGUUUUAUCCUCUUGACUUUCCAUGUUUAUGCCCACGUCUCGCGCCGGCCUUCACAGAAAUCAUUCUUUGAGAUUUCGUUUCUCUCUCGCUCUCUCAAACGUGAGCCACCCAAAGAAUUCUUCACCGUAAUCGAUCAGCCAAUCGCCUCCGUCAAGCUCCUCAUAGAACCGCUUCCAGCUCCGUCGCUGCUGACCUUGGACCUCCAGCCAACGGAUUCUCAGAUCACUUGCUUCGCAUCGACUUUAAUCCUGUUUAACUCCGGAGUUAAAAUGGUUCUGCAACUGCAAGGCAACUAUCUCUAGCUACUAGGUGGUAGUCUUGCAUACAUAGAGGAAGCCUUCUUCCAUGGCUUCCCAAGGAGUCGCUUCCUCUUCUUCUUCCACUCGUUGGUGGACGUAUGAUGUGUUCCUGAGUUUUAGAGGCGAAGAUACUCGCGACAAUUUUACUGCUCAUUUAUACCAUGCUUUGCGUAUGAAGGGAAUCAACGCCUUCAUAGAUGAUGAUGAGCUUAAAAGGGGAGAGGAGAUUUCUCAAGCACUUCUCAAAGCCAUUGAGGUGUCAAGAAUUUCAAUCGUUGUAUUCUCUCAAACCUAUGCAUCAUCCAAAUGGUGCUUGGACGAGCUAAUGAAGAUUGUUGAAACAGUGGGGCAAACGGUUCUACCAGUAUUUUACAAGGUGGACCCAUCAGAUGUACGGCAUCAAAAAAAUAGUUAUGGAGAAGCAUUGGCUAAACAUAAAGAAAGGUUCAAUGAUGAUGAGAAAGUGGAGAAAUGGAAGUCAACCCUAACACAAGUGGCCAAUUUGUCGGGGUGGCAUUCAAAGAAUUAUAGGAAUGAAGCUGAAUUCAUUGACGAAAUCAUUCAGAAUGUCUCAAGAAUCGUGAACCACACAUACUUACACGUUGCCAAUCAUCCAAUUGGAAUAGAGUCUCGUGUACAGAAGAUCAACUCACUUUUAAGUAUUGGAAUGGUGAAUAAUACACGCAUGGUUGGGAUCUUAGGAGCCGGUGGAAUUGGGAACAAACAAAAUUCAAGCCAUAUUGGUAGAUCUACCUAAAGGAAACAAGACGUGUGUGAGUUCCGAGGCUUUCAAGAAGAUGAAAAGGCUUAGACUGUUUCUGGUUACGCCUAGAUCGAGCUUUUCAGGAGGGCUUAAUUUUCUCGCUAAUUAGUUAUGAUUGCUUGAUUGACAUGAAUGUCUUUUAGAAUCUUUGUCAUCCAUUUUGUAUGAAUGCCCGGGAGCCUCCUCAAAGGAUUGGAGGGAGUUGAGGUACAAUUAUUUUUUAGAGAAAUUAUGUCUCGACCUCCUCGUGCUUUUGCAUUUAUUUUUAUUUUUUUCUACAUUGAGACCUUAGUUUCCAAUUUGAUGAAUUUCAGAUUUGUGUUUCUGAAAUUUGUAAAUCAAAAGCUGUUAUGGGCUUCAUCUCACGCAAGAUUUUCAAGAGGUUUGUUUUGUGGAGAAGUGUGUUUGGU